AUGAGUGAUGAUGCGUCUCAAAACUACCCCAGCUCCUUCACGGAAGAGUUCAUCAACUACUGUCGUGCUCAUCGGUUGCCCCCGCAGCUAUUUCAUGACCUAAGGGAACUGCUGCCGCGCAUGCCACGCUAUGUACGGAUACGACCAAGUGAUGCACAACAGAGAAUAUUACCUUGUUCAUGUGAUCAAGGCUCUCGGGUGCCGAGCGAUGUUAUACACGAGCUCUCAACUGCUGUCGGUGGUCCUACGGGUUGUGUCUACGAGGUGGAGUGGCUCCCCCGGCCGUAUUGUUUGGCCCUUCCACGCGACACUGCGGUGAGCCAACUCGAGCUUUACCGGAGUGGAGUCGUUUCUGCGAUGGAUGCAGCCUCCAUUGCAGCAGUGGUGGCGCUCCGUCCAAGACGAGGCGAAACUGUUUGGGACGUGUGUUGCUCGCCUGGAAUGAAGUUGAGUUUCAUAGCAGACGCCAUCGGGGAAGAAGGGAGUGCUGUCGGUACGGAUAUCAACCUGGACCGGUUGUUCGCUGCUCGCUCUGUGAUGAAGAAACACAGGGCCAACAACGUGUGCUUGUUUGUCGCGGACGGAACGUCGUUCGCGCUCCGUACUGCAGUCGCAGUGGCACAGGCAGCUAAACUUUAUCGUGGAAAAUCCAACACCGACGGACUGACGGCCUUAGAAGAGCGGCGGCUGCGGUAUAUGAAGAAGCGGCGGGCCGGUGGAGCUGCUGACUCAUCAGAUGGCACGGUCACGCGGGACGAAGACGACCAGGUAGCACUUGUUUUCACAUGUGACGAAGCCAGAAAGCGCCUUGUUCAGAGUGGUGAAAGUGCCAAUCAGAAACACUAUGGGUUUGACCGCGUGCUUGUUGAUGCCGAGUGUUCUCACGACGGCUCACUUGCCCACAUGUUUCUGGGAGGUGGCACAAAGAGGCCAUUUGCAGGACAUGACGGCGAUGCGGAUGUUGCGUCUCAGGCAAUCAACAAUGAACAGCGCAUGCAGCGACUAAACUUGAGUCUCCCAGAUGGUAACGAAUUUGCGAACGCAGAGGUGAGGAAGGUGUCUCCCCUACAACAGCUUCAGCUUCAACUCCUCACAAACGGUUAUGCUCAGCUAAACCCCGGUGGAACCCUGGUGUAUUGCACUUGUUCCUUCACUUAUCAACAAAAUGAAGGGAUCGUCCAGGAAAUGAUGCACUCCGUUAAUGCAGACGCAGAAACAAUGGAACGAUACGGGGGUGAGGCAGUUUUAUGCUCGCCAUUUUGUUACGAGCACGAGGUGGGGUUAGAAGCGCAGGUGUCUCCAAUAGUGAUACUUAGCGGCACGCAGGUAGGGCUGCUGAAGCAGCGGCUGGCGGCUGCGGGUGACCCAUAUGGAGUAACUACCGGUUUAGCGAGAGAAGGUGCUGAAGAAGUAGGAGUUAGGUUCUGGCCCCAUAUUUUCAGCACCAGUUUCCAGUUCAUAAGUAAAGUAUGGAAGAAACCACUGACAUAA